GCGGGGGGAGGACGAGUUGGCAUCGGUUUGUUUGGGGAAAUAGACAAAGAGCCGGAGUCGCCGUUAGCGACUGAGGCAGUGAGCAAGACGGAGCCCGACAGACCGGCCGGCGGAGACCGCAAUAUCGGUGGGCAGCGGGCAGCCAGGGUCACGGGCGAAGGCGGCAGCCGAAGACCGAACCAGGAGCGGGUCAGCUCCCGGGACAACAGCUCGAGGAGCCGCAGGCAGCGGGAAGUCGAGGAGCGGAGGCGGCGUGACCGUGACGCCGUGACCCAGAGCCGGAGAGAGCAAUUGAUCGGCGGCUCGGUAGGAGGGGGUGGCGAGCGACUGCAGUUCGAGGGGCCGGUUUCAGAGAACCAGCCAGAGGAAGAGGUCGCUGGCACGUCUGAGGACGGCGCCGAGAACCCGGGGAAUGGAAGCCGCAGUGCUGGGCUCCAGCUGAGCCCCGCUGCGGGACGGCGGCGUGGCCGCUGAGUUCAGAUCUUCAAGGCACAGCUCUCCACUUAGCAGGACAGAAAAGCAUGUCAUAUGUAUUGACACACUCUCUCUUGCCACAAAAAUGGAAAUUCGUUGUGGUGGCUUGCUUUUCAGUUCUAUGUUUGAUUCUGGAAAUAUCGCUCAAGUUGAAAAGGUGGAGCGUUCUGAAGGAGCAGAAGAUUCAGCUCCCGGCAAUAAUGGAACCUCUGGGAAUCUUGGGAAUACCUUAUCCACUCCAGAUUGUGAAUUUAAUGUGUGGACCAAACCAGAUUGUGCAGGGACCGAGUUUGAAAAUAGUAAUAGGUCCUGGUUUUAUUUCAGUGUGAAGGGGGGAAUUCCAAGUAAAGUCAUAAAAAUCAAUAUUAUGAAUAUGAACAAACAAAGUAAAUUGUACUCCCAAGGAAUGGCACCAUUUGUUAGGACCUUGCCUGGAAGACCACGUUGGGAACGUGUGCGAGAUCGACCAACAUAUGAGAUGGUGGAAAACCAAUUUAUUCUCUCUUUCAUGCAUCGCUUUCUUGAAUACCGUGGAGCAACUACCUACUUUGCAUUUUGUUUUCCAUUCACAUAUGCUGAAUGUCAGGAAAUGUUGAUACAACUGGAUGAAAGAUUUGAAUAUUGUAAACGGCUGACUAUAAACAGCCCUGAUGAUACUAUUUAUUAUCACCGUGAGCCUCUGUGUUACUCUCUGGACAAUCUAUGUGUUGACCUCAUCACAAUUUCUUCAUGCCAUGGAAUGAUGGUUGAAUGUGAACCAAGACUGGAAAAUCUUUUUCCAGACCAUUCCAUUUCUCGGCCACAUCUGUUCUCUGGAAAACAAGUAUUUUUCCUCAGCAGUCGUGUGCAUCCUGGUGAAACUCCCUCCAGUUUUGUGUUCAAUGGUUUUCUGGAAUUUAUUUUGCGAGCUGAUGAUCUUCGUGCCCGGAUGUUGAGGCGAAUGUAUGUCUUUAAACUUAUACCCAUGUUGAAUCCAGAUGGUGUAGUGAGGGGACAUUAUCGGACUGAUUCUAGAGGUGUGAAUCUGAAUCGUUUCUAUAUGAAUCCAGAUUUUCAUUUGCAUCCUUCAAUUUAUGCGGCACGUGCAGUCAUCCUCUAUCACCAUGUCAACAAUCGUGUGCCUUCGGACAAUUGCGAAUUGAAAAUGUUCUCGUCAUUUUUGUCCAAUGGUCCUUUAUGGACAAAAAACUUGAAUCAUUCCGUCAAUAACUCUUCAAUUUCCUCUGAGAUCUCACUGUCAGAAUUGGAGAAAAGCAAAAAUUUCAAGAAUGUUGCAAACAGUGAAGUGGACCGCCUCAUUUCCUUUAAAGACCAUGACCAAAUAGGUCCAUUGAUUCAAAGCCAAAAUAAUGAUAAGCAGUUGUUUCCAGAAUCACACUGUGAGAAAAUUAAUAAGUCGAAUAGUGAAGAUACACUCAAUGAGAAAGCAAUUGAUACUUCUGACUCUGCAGAAAAUGCAGAGCACAUUCCUCCUCAUGAGAGUGGGAUUGCCUACUAUGUGGACUUGCAUGGACAUGCUUCAAAGCGCGGUUGUUUUAUGUAUGGAAAUUGUCUUCCAUCUGAAAGUAACCAGGUAGAGAAUAUGUUGUUUCCAAAGUUGAUAUCCAUGAACUCAGCUCACUUUGAUUUUGCGGCUUGUAAUUUCUCUGAGAGAAACAUGUAUGCCAAAGAUAAAAGGGAUGGACAGUCUAAAGAAGGAAGUGGCAGAGUGGCAAUUUACAAAGCCACAGGAAUUAUUCACAGCAGCUAUACUUUGGAAUGCAAUUACAACACAGGCCGUUACGUGAAUUCAGUCCCUUCUGCAUGCCAUGAUAAUGGACGAGCAACUCCACCACCAGCACCUACCUUUCCUCCUAAAUACACUAUAGAAGUCUUUGAGCAAAUAGGGAGAGCUCUAGCCAUUGCAGCUUUGGAUAUAGCUGAUUGCAAUCCUUGGCCAAGAGUUGUUAUGUCAGAGUACAGUUGUCUCACAAAACUUCGAGCAUGGAUGUUGAAGCAUGUUCGGAAUAUAAGAAGCACAGCAAUGUCGAAGAGAAAUGGUAUAAGAGUUUGGAAAGGUUCCAGUGGGAUAACAUCUUCAGUCUCAGAAAAUUCUUUGAGUAAGACCAGGAGUAAUGGGACAGGGAUUCAUGGAAACAGUAAUGUGCAUCAAAAUCCACCUCAGAUAAAAACAUCUCCCAGUUUCACAUUUGGCUGCAGCUCUGGACUAACCAAAGGAAUUUGUACACCAGCAUCUAAUCAUAAUUCUCCAAAAGGUGGCCACAAAACACUUGGUCCAGUGAGAGAAACCAGAGCACAGGAGAAGCGUCGUCAGCACCAGGCCAUGCUGCGAGCAGCAGCAGUCAACAACUCCGGCAGCCAGCGUAAUUCUCCUACUUAUCGAUACAUGCAGUGCCCUACAACUGUCUCCCUUGGAUACUCAAGAGACCCAACCCAAGUUCAGCCUUCUAAAUUAGGGUCCUGUACUCUUCAACCGUCCUUCAACGUAUCAGGGUUCAAAGGUACGAUCAUGCCUGGUGCAUUUAACAAUGGCAUUCCUCAGGAAAUUAAAGAACAUGCUCAGACAUUGGAAAAUAUUACAGUUACUGGAAGAACAAGCAUUGUGCAGGAAGAAGAUGCUGUUGAAGACCAAGUAAAGGAAGAUAUAGUUGAGAUUCUUAAUGGGCUUAAAAUUGAUGAAGAGGAGAACCCACUGAAGAAGAACAAAUUAAAAUUCAGAGCUUCUUUUGAUAUCACCAGUUCUGAACAGCUGAGACCCAGUAGAAUCCCAGUGAGAAUAAGUGGCGCACUUAUGUCCCAAGGAAAUCUCCGCCUGAGUAGUUCUGUCGAUCAUAGCCCACAACUGAAGAUACUGAAAGGUGUCCAGCCUAAUGUAGUGCAAAACGAGCCUAAAGGUUGUGGCAUAUUGGAUUGUUCUGCAAUUAGCUUGAUUCCAGCAAUGAGCCAUAACUCUCAAGAUUCUGCAUGCACUACUAAUAAUGAAGCAGAAACUCAGCUGGAUGUAUGUGCAAAGCUGCCGUUGGCAACAGGAACAGACCAGAUACCUACGUAUAGGAAGAUUUUUUCUUUUUGCACUGAUGGUUGAUACCAUAAUUAUACUGUUUCUAUGCAUCGUUAAAACUGGACUGACGUUAGAAAUGUCUGAAGAUCAAAUGAUGGAAUCAUCGUGAGAUGCAGAAGAAUCCCAGAAGGUAUUUUGAUGGAAAUGAAUAAAGACAACUAAAUGCAAAUAUUAUCAUUUUAAUUGCUGCAACUGCAGAAACACAAAGUGAUUUGCAGUGGAUGUAAGGCAUUGGACUUCAAAGAGUUGACUCAGUUAUCAUCAAGAAACAAAUAAGUUUAAUUAUCAUAUUGUAUCUGGUUCCAAAAAUGCUCGUCUGUAUUCAUUUCAAAAGACUGCAGAUUGUUGCUGUCUGCUGUUAUUGCAGUCUGCAACAUAUUAUCUAAUUAAUGACUUGUUACAUAAGUGCCUGAUUGUAUGUGUAGAAAAAUAAUUCUUUCAGCACAGAGGUGGCCUGUUUGGUCAGGCAGUUCAGCACUAUUUUUGUAGUUCGUAGAAAUCGAGAGUUUGUAAAACAAACACUUUGGAUUAUUUGGUUUUUGUUUUAUAUCACUUGAUCUUUCACUUCUUUACACCACCUUUAUUGUUUAGGAUGUCAAUUGGCUCAUGCCUACUUUUACAUCAUUAUGGAUGUAGUUCAUGUUACUUUUAAAAUUUAUAUUGACAUUUGAAUAUUUCUUACAUUUUGAAUUUAGAACUGGAAUACUUUUUUCAGAGUUAAGUUGUAUUCUUGAUAAGCAUAAUUUCUGAAGUUAUUAAUUUUCAUACACAAAGUUAGAUAUUCUGCAAUGUGUGCAUCUAAAGUAAUGUGAUUGUGGAAAUUAUCCUGGAAUUCAUUGUCAUUGUUUUGGGAUACUGUACAUCCAAGUUAAAACAUUCCAGUUAUUUGAAUUAUACUGUGAUUUAAGACAUUAUUUUGCUAUCUUUCAAAAAUAGACAUGUAAAUGUAACUUUAAUUGUGCAACUGAUAUUCAUCUGAAUUUGUAAAUCGUUUCAGGGAAAUUAUACUCUGUAACAAAUGAUUAAUAGUAAUGAUUACAUGAUUAGUUGUGGUAACAACUUUUAGCUAAAGGAACAGCGAACUGGCUAACUGUGAAACAUUCCAUCAUUUUGAUUCAAUGUUAAGUAUUUGAGUGAAACUUGUAUUUGAUUGCUUUCCACCUGUCACUUAAUUGUAUAUGGUUAAAAAUGAUUUAUUUAUUUGUACAAUUGAAGAUCUCAAUAUAAAUUUGAGAAUAUUAACUUAAACUUUUUUAAUAACGAUCUUUCUUCAGUAUGGUAUAUCUAACAAGAUAUUGUUAACAAUUUUUAAUUUUUGAAAGAAUGUUUGGGCUUUCUAAAGGAAUUUUAACACUGCACAAUAGUUCAAAAUAAAGCCAGUUCAUUAACUGUGAAACAAAUACUUCAAAACUAAAUUUGAAGAGCUCAAAAACACUACUUUAGGCAGUCUUUUCUUAUUUCUCUAUCCCACAUACCACACAAUAAACUAAACACUUUCUUCUUAGAUAACAGGUUUUAUUUACAUAUGGUUGAAAAGACAUUUUCUGAAGUUCAAGAUAGCAGGUUUUGGUCUGAGCAAUGAGGCCAAAAAUAAGCACUUGUCUUUGUGGUCACAUUGUGCUGAUGCAGUCACAAAAAAUAUCAAAGGAUAUUUUAUGAUGUAACUUGCAUUUACAAUGGACACUAUACAUACAGAUAAUUUUGUCUAUUAAAACUUGCUACCAAUUGACAAUUUUCACUUUGACUACAGAUGUAUGUAAUAAAAAUGUGUUGCAGAAGAUUGAAUUUGGGGUUGUUGUCAAGAUUUAGAUGAUAAGAUUUCCACUUUCUACGUAAAGCAACUGAAUAAAAAUAUGUUCAGAGAUUUAUUUCUUAUUGUUCAUAUUAACUACUGGGGCUCUUGCAAAUGGUUCAGAAACAAAGCUUUCCCAAUUCUUCUUUGCAGAAGUAGAAAAUUUGAAAAUAGUGUGAGCUUUAUUCUGCAAGACUAAAUUCUAACCAACUUUAAAGACGUGCUAUGUGGAAAUAGUAAUUUGCUUGAAAGCAUAUAACUAACUGUUAGAAAACUAUGGAAACUGAGAACAUGGUUGAAGUUAAUUUGAAAAGCAAGAAUUUGUUUUGGUGCAAUGAUCUGUUUUUGCUUAUAUAGUGCCUAUAAAAAUAUUCUCUCCCCACCCCCCCCCCCAGGAAGUUUUCAUGUUUUAUUGUUUUACAAUAUUGAAUCACAGUGGAAUUAAUUUGGCUUUUUUUGAUACUGAUCAACAGGCAAAAACUUUUGUGUUAAAGUGAAAUCAGGUCUCUACAAAGUGAUCCAAAUCAAUAAAACACAAAAUAAUUGAUUACCCAAGUAUUCACCCCUUUAAUACGACACACCAAAUCAUCACUGACAUAGCCAAUUGAUUUUAAAAGUCACAUAGUUAACUAAAUGUGUACAGUCAAAGUGUUUCAAUUGAUUGCAGUAAAAAUAUAUUUGUAUCUGGAAGGUCCAACUGCUAGCGAUUCAGUAUCCUGGCAAAAACUACACCAUGAAGACAAAAGAACACUCCAAGCAACUCUAUGCAAAGGUUAUUGAAAAGCAAGUCAAGAGCUGUAUACAAAGAAAAUCUCCAAGUCACUAAAUAUCCCUUGGAUUAUAAUUAAGUCAAUAAUCAAAUGGAAAGAAUGUGGUACAUCUGUUAAUCUGCCUAGAGCAGGCCAUCCUCAAAAACUGAGUGACUGUGCAAGCAGGGGACUAGCAAAGAAGGCCAAGAGACCCAUGAGAACUUGGGAGGAGCUACAAGCUUCAGUGGCUAAGAUGGAAGAGGCUAUGCGUGCAACAUCAGUUGUCCAGGUGCUUCACCAGUCGCAGCUUUAAGAGAAGGCCACAAUUGGAGAAAAAACUCACAUGAGUUUGCCAGGAGGCAUGUGUUGAGACUCUGAGGUCAGGUGGAAGAAGGUUCUAUGGUCUGAUGAAACCAAAGUUGAGUUUUUUGACCAUCAGACUGAACGCUAUGUUUGGCAUAAGCUAAACACUGCACAUCAUAAAAACAUCCUAAUCCCUAAUGUGAUGCAUGGUGGUGGCUGCAUCAUGCUUGGAAAUGCUUCACGGCAGCAGGCCCUGGAAGGCUUGUGAAGGUUGAGGGUAAAAUGAAUGCAGCAAAAUACAGGAAAAUCCUAGAGGAAAACCUGAUGCAGUAUGCAAGAGAACUGCGACUUGAGAGAAGAUUUGUUUUCCAGCAAGACAAUCACCCCCAAGCAUAAAGCCAAAACUACACAAGAAUGGCUUAAAAACAACAGAGUUAAUGUCCUGGAGUGGCAAGUAAGAGUCAAGACCUCAAUGCAAUUGAGAAUUUGUGGCUGGAUUUGAAAAAAGCUGUUCACACACGAUCUCCAUGCAAUCUGACAGCUUGAGCAGUCUUGAAAAGAAGAAUGGGGAAAAAUUGUAGUGUCCAGCAGUGCAAAGCUGAUAGAAACCUAUCUACAGAGACCCAAGGCUGUAAUUUCUGCCAAAGGUGCAUCUACUAAAUACUGACUGAAGGGAGUGAAUACUCAUGCAAUCAGUUAUUUUGUGAUUUAUAUUUGUCAUUAAUUUAGAUCACUUUGUAGAGAUCUGUUUUCACUUUGACACAAGAGUCUUUCUCUGUUGACUAGUGUAAAAAAAACUAAAUUAAACCCACUGUAAUUCAGCGUUAUAAAACAAUAAAACAUGAACCCCCAAGGGUUUUUUAUAGGCACUGUAUCUGCUCUUCUGAGAUAUAGCAGGUUGUGUAUUUGGAUUUAAUAAAAGCUCUAAUUGUUAGAUUGGGUUAGAUUGUGCUCCCCAUUAGCUUGUGAACUUCUGUGUCAUUUUGGGGAAAAAGUUAGAGAUCAGAUACUAGCACACCUGACAAUCUUCAAUGCCAAAUAACUUGGCACCAUGACUGAAGGCAGAAUAAAAUUUUUAUUAAUUUGAAGACCUCAAGGUUUUCUGAUCUAUGCAAGUUGAUGCUGUAUGUUGAGUAGCCUAUUUAUUUGAAUGGGAUCACUGACAAGGAUUGAGAAGAUAUAUCUCGCUAAGCACUUGAAUUUUUUUCUUUAAUUUAUAGUUUUCUAUUAUCACAAAUGUUUGUUUAUUUAGUUUUAAAUAGAUUUUAAAUUUUUAUUAAUUUAAAUCUACUUAUUUUAGUUUUCUAAUUAUCAAAACAGUUAAAGAAUUUUCGUAGCAGUAAAAAUCGAUACAUUCUAUGCGUAAGGUUUGAGGAUUGGCCAUCUGAGGUUGCGUUAACAAUCAUGGAUUAUCUGCUUGAGGUAUGACUGUGAGGUUGCAAGAUAUUAAGUGCAGUCAUGUGAAUAUCUCCCCAAAAUGCAUCCUACCCAAUCAAAUAUAUUUCAUGCAAUCUGAGGCAACUGAACAAAUCAUUCAGUUAAGUUAAGAGGAGCAAUAUAAAUACUAAACACCCAGAGCUCUGGAGGAAUGAGUGUGUUACGAAUGUGCCACAACUCUGAGGGACUGAAGGGUACAAUGUAGCCCCCUCCUUUGUGAGAAUCGCAAGAUCGCUAUUAAUUCGGAUCUGGGACCCAGGAAAUGAGAGAGAGACGUGCAGAAUCCAGAAGGGUUUGGAAUGUGUCCUGGCCUCAGCAAGACGGGACCAUUGAUAACGGCCAUUGUCGCUUGGAGACAGAAUUGUGUAUUGAAUACUGUUCUAUUCAUUGAUGCCCUCGGGGGAUGACCAGAGUGGGCUGGUUGAGGGAUUGCAUCAUCCCAACCUGAUUGACAUCUGAGACCCCAUGAGUAAGGAUAAAAGAGGGUCUGGGGAACAACCCCUUUAGACACACCAGGAGAAACGUAUGAGACCAGUGGGGACUUGUGUGUGUGUGUGUCCAUCCUUGCCUGGAUGACAAGUCCUCCAUGGAACGGCCUCGCUAAAGGACGGAUACGGAUCAAGAUCGGAUAAAGGAAAUCCGGCAAGUUUCUUUUCUCAAAAAUCUCUCUCUCUCCAACAAUUGCAAAACCCAGCGGUCCCCAAAGGCUGAAGCCUGUGUGAACAGAAACAAACUUUAUAUUUCCAUCGGACAAUACAUUAUCCCCUAGACAAUGAUAGAGCUAUUUAUUAUCAAUUAUUAUA